GUGUGUGCAUGUGUGUGCGUGUGGUGUAAAAUGUGCUUUUCAAAGUGCUGAGAGGUUGAUGGGAAUGUUUGAUUAGCUCCUCUGAGAAGAGGAGAAAAGGUGCUUGGACCUCUUCUCGCUUCUUCUUUAGAAUAAUUUGGAUGGGAUUUGUGAUGCAGAAAAGCUUAAGGAAAAAAGGAUAUCCAUUCUGUGUGGUGGAAAAUUUUUGAAAAAAAUUGCUUUCUUCAAACAAGGGUGCCAUUUCGAUAUUUAUGGAGAUUGUUGUCCUCACUAUGAAGGCAUCUGUUAUUGAAAUGUUCCUUGUUUUGCUGGUGACUGGAAUACAUUCAAAUAAAGAAACGACAAAGAAGGUUAAAAGGCCUAAGUUCACUGUGCCUCAGAUCAACUGUGAUGUCAAAGCUGGAAAGAUAAUCAAUCCUGAGUUUGUUGUGAAAUGUCCAGCAGGAUGCCAAGACCCCAGAUACCACGUUUAUGGUACGGACAUCUACGCAUCCUACUCCAGCGUGUGUGGCGCUGCAGUUCACAGUGGUGUGCUCGAUAAUUCAGGAGGGAAAAUACUUGUUCGGAAAGUUGCUGGACAGUCUGGCUAUAAAGGGAGUUAUUCCAAUGGCGUCCAAUCAUUAUCCCUACCACGAUGGAGAGAAUCCUUUAUCGUCUCAGAAGCUAAACCCCAAAAGGGUGUAACCUACCCAUCGGCUCUUACAUAUUCAUCAUCUAAAAGCCCAGCUGCCAAGGCAGGUGAGACCACAAAAGCCUAUCAGAAGCCAUCAGUUCCAGGGACAACUGCACAGCCAGUCACCUUGAUACGGGUACUAAGGACCACCACAGCCGAAGCCACCCACACCACCACCUUGUCAAAGCCAUCCCCAUCUGCAGGCUCUUCCACCAGCAGCCCCAGACCACAGCCCAUGGGCCAGAGGAGCCAGGAGCUGGAGCUCUGGUCCACCACCGUCUACACCAGCAGCCCAAGCAGCGCCGGCACCAAUCCAGGGGAAACAGACCUGUGGAAACCUGGAUCCGUCCUUUUAAAUGCAGGAUUUGUUCCAAAAGAAGAAUUAAGCACACAGUCUUCGGAGCCAGUAUCCCAGGGAGAUCCAAGCUGCAAAAUCGACUUGUCGUUUCUGAUUGAUGGGAGUGCGAGCAUUGGCAAACGUCGAUUCCGAAUCCAGAAGCAGUUCCUGGCUGACGUCGCCCAAGCUCUUCACAUUGGCCCUGCCGGUCCACUGAUGGGUGUUGUCCAGUAUGGAGACAACCCUGCUACUCACUUUAAUCUCAAGACUCACGUGAGUUCCCAGGAUCUGAAGACCGCCAUCGAGAAAAUCACCCAGCGAGGAGGGCUUUCUAAUGUAGGUCGAGCCAUCUCCUUUGUGACCAAGAACUUCUUUUCCAAAGUCAACGGAAACAGAGGCGGUGCUCCCAACGUGGCUGUAGUGAUAGUGGAUGGUUGGCCCACGGAUAAGGUAGAGGAGGCUUCAAGGCUUGCAAGAGAGUCAGGAAUCAACAUUUUCUUCAUCACCAUUGAGAGUGCUGUUGAAAAUGAGAAGCAGUACGUGAUAGAGCCCAACUUUGCAAACAAGGCUGUGUGCAGAACAAACGGCUUCUACUCGCUCAAUGUGCAGAGCUGGUUCAGCCUCCACAAGACGGUGCAGCCCCUGGUGAAGCGGGUGUGUGACACUGAGCGACUGGCCUGCAGCAAGACCUGCUUCAACUCGGCCGACAUUGGCUUCGUCAUUGACGGCUCCAGCAGUGUGGGGACGAGCAACUUCCGCACGGUCCUCCAGUUUGUGGCCAACCUCAGCAAAGAGUUUGAGAUUUCAGACACAGACACGCGAAUCGGGGCUGUGCAGUACACCUACGAGCAACGGCUGGAGUUCGGGUUCGACGACUACAACACCAAGCCGGACAUCCUCAACGCCAUCAAGAGGGUGGGGUACUGGAGUGGUGGGACCAGCACGGGGGCUGCCAUCAACUACGCCCUGGAACAGCUCUUCAAGAAGUCCAAGCCCAACAAGAGGAAGUUAAUGAUCCUCAUCACUGAUGGGAGGUCCUAUGAUGACGUCCGAAUACCAGCCAUGGUUGCCCAUCACAAGGGAGUGAUCACCUAUGCAAUAGGCGUUGCAUGGGCUGCACAGGACGAGCUGGAAGUCAUUGCUACUCACCCUGCCAAGGACCACUCCUUCUUUGUGGACGAGUUUGACAACCUCUACAAAUCUGUUCCCAAGAUCAUCCAGAACAUUUGCACAGAGUUCAACUCACAGCCUCGGAACUGAAUUCAGAGCAGGCAAGGCAUCAACACCUGCUGCUUUCCCACUGGCUCUGGGACAACCCCCAGCGCUUUACAGGGCACACGGGGUGGCAAGGCAUGUGGGGCUUCCUGGAGAACAGAUGCGUGGUGGUUAUUCUUUGCCAGCAUGGUUUUUCAUACUUCAAAACUUGGAGCUUGAAAGAUAAUCAUAAAUUUGUAGACUGAGGCAAAAUGAUACAUCAUUUUGAGGGUGCUGAGGAUUUUCCAUUUUGACAAUUGUUUUCAAAAUAAAUGCUCAGAAUAGAGUGCAGGUAUUAUGACAGGCUUAACUAGAGCUUCUGUGAGGUUUUUUUUUAACUUUAUUUCUCGUUAGAAUUCUGUGACUCUCAACAAGUUUCAUUUUGGUCACGACAAUAUGGGAGUUGCUUAAUUAAAUGUUUAAAAGGAUUACGUGCCAUCAUUCUGACUGUGUCAUGGGUCGUGUUCACAGGGUUUGUGACAGGGCCACUCUUUGCUCUUCUCGUUCCCCAGAGCAUCUGCUGCGCACUCAUUCCUGUCCCAAGGUGACACACACCCAUGGGGAUGCAGAGAGAGUGUGGCAGCAGCACUGCUGCCAAUUCACCUCCUCCUCUCUAUUAUCUGCAUCGCCACGCACCUGCCACCUGUAGCUAUAGAGCAGCUGGGGGAUGGCCUUGGAGAACCAAGUUGAUCUCGCUUAAAAGCAGUGCAUUAGGCUAGUGUAGAUGCUUUUAGCUCGAGCUGAACAUUAGAAUCGCUUGGGAGGCUAAAAUGCUGGUCCCCAGGCCCCAUCCCAAUACCAGUCAAAUCUGAGUCUCUGGGAAGGGAGCCUGAAUGUUGGCGUGUGUGAAGAGCUCUCUGGCGUUAUUGCUGGGCUGCCAGGAUUGACGACCAUUGAGCUACUUCUGAGGGGUCAGUGUCAUAGCUGUUUCCUGGGAGAGCCCUGUUUAUGCCUAUUGUCUGGGGUCCCAUCCAGUUUUGCAUUUGUCCUGGGUUUUUCAUUUAUUUCAUGAUUAAUAGUUGCAUUAAGAUAAGUCAGGAUGGGGUUUGGUUGAACUCCACUUUUUACUUCCAGCUUCUGCCAAGGACUCAUCCAUUAGGAGGUGAAAUAUUUGUGCAAUGGGGGAAUGUUCAAAAAAGUCAUAAAUAAAGCUGACUUACGUAUCGA